AUGCAAGUUCUCGCAGCUCCGCCUCAGAGUGAUGCCCCUGCAAUAGGCUCCUGGAGAAUUAGCGCUCGUCGAGUCGUGGAGACUUUGAUCGAGCCCCGUGUUCUGGAUUGGAUGGAUGACGACGGGGGCAUGAAUGACGCAGACUAUAUUCGGCGCUGCUUGAACGAAAUUGACCAUCGGUUCCAGCGAGAUGGUCUGUACAACACGACACCUACAGGUCUCGAGCGAUUAGCCAAAAAGCUGGGAGAGUUUACGUGUUCGAUCUUCCACAGCGACGGACAAUGCGCAUUGGCGUUCGAGGCAUCCAAAAGUGGCAUAUGCUUCAUCCCUGUCUACAUGAGGAUUGCGUUCUGUAUACAGGAAUGUGAAGGCGGCAAACCUCUUCCGAAAGUUCACAUUGCCCUCUACAAUGCCCUUGCGCGGUCAAUUCGUCACCAGACUUCCCCGCUCGACGAUCGUCUCUGCGACGACCUAUAUACCUUCAUCAGCCGGGGUCUGAAAGACAAAGAGCGGGGUGUGCGCUUGGCGGCAGGUCGAGCAUUGACGGACCUCAUCAAACUGAUCUUGCGUCCGAGCCACAGGUCCAGCGAGUGGAUUUUGACAGUUUUUGGGCACUUGAGUCCGCUCUUGAGACAUCCUGAAAGCCCCGUCAAGGAGACGACGAUCAUCACCAUAGGGUUAAUCGGAAAGACGUCUCCGGACCUCCCCUUGCGAGAGAGCGUGUGCACGCUCGUCUGUCAACUGGUCCAGUCCAAUCCUGUGUUGAAGGGCACAGCGGUCCUCCAACUACACGCGCUCGCAAGACAUUAUAGCAAGUCACCCUACAAUCUAGUCAUGCCCUACCUCGAAGCUUUCGCGCCGUAUCUCGUCCGCCGAAUCGUGAAGGAACCAGAUGGUAUCACGGACUUCUGCGAAUUCGCAACAAUUGAUCCACCGGCAUUUCUUAACCAAAGCCUUAAGUAUACUCUCCCUCCUUUGUUCGCAGAUGGUGAUAUGACAGCCCUCAAACGCGUUGCAACCAUAAUAUCGCCCGACUCGCCGAACGUCGCACUCCUAAUGCUCGAUCAAGCGCAUCAUGUCCUUUCCCAUGCCUUCAUGCUCACCGGCGUCGGUCAGACGGGAAAGACGCUCUCUUUCAUCUCGAACAUGCUCAAGAUGUACACUCAGGCUGCGGCCGCACCUGGAGCAGCGAACAUCGUGUUCAGUUCUCUGCUUCCUACUUUGACCGAGAUCGUUGCAUGCCUUGGUCACGAGAACCCAGACAGCGCAGAAGAGGCCAAACAGGGAUUGCAGAAAGUCGCCAGGGUGUUUGAGAACGCCGCUACGGGCUCCCAGAACGCGGACUUCGCGAUCAUGUUGGAGGAGAACAUGUUGGGCAUCAUCACCAACUUGAAUGAUCUUCUGCAAGUGCACGGCAAGUUGACCAUAGAGACGAAGCAACGGAUAUUGCGGAGCUUUGGACAGUUCAGCAAACUCGUUGGUCAUUCCAUCAGCAACAUCAUGGCAACUUUACAGACCAUGUUGCUUGUACCUCAGCUUUCGGAUGCGGCACUCUCAAGUUGGUUCCUCUUCAUCUCCUCUUUGCUUCCUGGCGAUAUUGGCCCUCACGUCGGACCUACAACGGCGUCCUUCGUCGCGUCAUGGACAACGUUCUCCGAUCAAGGUCGGCAAGUAGCGAAGGAGUGUAUCAAGUACAUGGUCAUCGAUCGGGGACGGGAACUCGGGCCUAUGGUCGCCGAAGUGGCCGACCUUCGAGGUAUCCCGGAACUGCUGGAAGCCAGUCAUGCACUGACCGUCCUUCGAUCGGAAUGGACGCCGCAACAACGACUGUCUGCUAUACUGAGCCGUAUAGACAGCGAGAACCUCACUGUCGCAGUGCAAGCAACAUCCGAACUCAAAACGCUCUUGCUGGAAGAUGGCGAGGACUACUUGCGUUCCUUAACAGCGGGGGAUGUCUUCUAUGCUCUUGCCGGCGAUCUGAUGGCGGUUCUAUACCGGGCAGCUUGUCGCGAUGGGGAUGGGGCGGAAGCGUUGCAUUCCCUGGCCUUCGAGUGCAUCGGAAUCGUUGGAGCAAUUGACCCUGACCGGUUCGAAAUGGCAACGAAGGAGACCCGUAUGAUCGUCGGGAACAACUUCGUAGACGAGGACGAAGCCAUCAGCUUUGCGCUACACAUCAUCCAGAACGCGCUCGUCGGGGCGUAUCGUUCUACUCGGGACAUCAAGUACCAAAGCUACCUUGGGUUCACCAUACAAGAACUCCUCCGGUUCUGCCAGUUUACUCCUGCUCUGGUCAAAAAUGGACGAGGUUCAAACCCGGUACCCGUCAAGGUUCGCAAUCGUUGGAAGAGUUUACCCAAGGUGGUCCUUGAGACGGUCACACCUCUGCUCGAAUCUCGCUUCAACGCCCCAGCUCCACCCAAGAUUCCGAUGAACUAUCCGAUCUACCCAACCCAUCCCACCUAUCGUCAAUGGGUACAGGCCUGGACGAGCGACCUCAUCAACAAGGCAUCAGGCAAAUACGCAGAGCAGAUUUUUCAAAUAUUCGCGCCAGUAGUUCGCAACAAGGAUGUCGGAGUCGCUCACCACCUCCUGCCCUACCUUGUCCUCAAUGUCAUCACUUCAGGCGACGAAAACGCUGAUGCGAUCCGAGCAGAACUGCUCGCCGUAUUAGAAGAUCAAGUUGAUCCUCAGAGUCCUUCCACGCCCGACAAGAAAUUGCUCAGCGCACAGACGGUUUUCAUGCUUCUCGACCACCUCAAUCUUUGGAUUCGGACCACGCGCCAAGAACUGCUGGGAGAAUCGAAACGAGCCGCGCGGUCCAACACCAGAGCGUCCGCUGAGGAACGACUCGUUCGAGUGGACUCCAUCCUGUCAAAUAUUGAUCAAGGCUUAAUGGCCAAAGCCGCGUCGCAAUGCAAGGCGUAUCCGAGGGCUCUAAUGAACGUGGAAUAUCAGAUCAGGGAGCAGCGAGUCAACCGCACAUCGACAAAGCAUCUUCAGCGUCACUACGAACGUUUGCACGAGUUGUAUGCUCGUCUGGAAGAACCGGAUGGCAUGGAAGGAGUGUCUCCCAUGAUUCUGUCACCGUCUCUGGAGCAUCAAAUCCGUGAACACGAGAGCACUGGGAGAUGGACAUCCGCCCAAAGCUGCUGGGAGGUUCAGCUUCAGCACGAUCCGGACAACCUGGACUCGCACCUCGGCCUCCUGAGGUGUCUACGCAACCUUGGGCACUACGAUUCGCUCCGCACUCACGUCAAGGGAGUGUUGACGAGGAAUCCCGAAUGGGGUCCACAGUUAAUAGGGUAUCAAAUCGAGAGUGAGUGGAUGGUAGGACAUUGGGAUGAAGUGCAGAAUCUCGUCGAGAACACCGAAGCCUAUCCGUCGCAAGUGUUGAUCGCCCAGGUUCUCCUUGCUAUGCGCUCAGGGGAUCCAGCAGUCAUCUCGUCUUCUUUAUCAAAAGCUCGACUGACCCUCGGUUCCGCCAUCACCGCAUCCGGACCCACUGACUACAAUCGUUCGUACGACGCGGUUCUGGAUCUGCACCUUGUUCAUGAGCUCGAGCUACUCAACGGCGCUGUCAAAGGUCAAGUGGAGGAGAACGAUCUUCUCAAACUUCCUUCUCGCUUGGAAGGACGUUUCGACUCAACUCUACCCUCUUUCCGCAUUCGAGAGCCUAUCCUCAACAUGCGGCGGACUGCGUUGAAGCUUGGCGGCGGUGACAAUGCUGACAUGAAAGAGCCCAUUGGCAACCUAUGGCUCCAUAGUGCGAAGAUCGCCAGAAAAGCUGGGCACACUCAGACCGCUUACAGCGCCGUCCUCCAAGCACAAAGCUACAACGCGCCCUUCUCUUUCAUCGAGAACGCCAAGCUCGUUCGAGUUACCGGUGACGCAAUGCGGGCUCUGCAAGAGAUGGAGAAGCAUCUGCACCGGAAGGGUCUGUUCAACGAGAAGCAGAAGGGUCAAAAGGCUCCUUUUGAGAUCGCUCAGGCGAACAUGAUCCUUGCUCGAUGGAUGGGCUUCACAGAUCGUUACGAAGAUGGCAAAGUCGCUAAGUCGCUUGAACUUGCCUCGGAAAUGUGUAAAGACUGGGAGAGCGGGUACUUCCACUUCGGCCAGUUUUCCGACGAGUGCUUCAAAGCGCUGAGCGGCGAAGAUAAGCGCACCCGUGGCCCGAGGCUCAAUCUCAAGACAGUGCAGUGUUUCACCAAGGCCAUCGCUGUGGGGUCAAAGUAUACCUACCAGACGCUCCCCCGUGUCCUCACACUUUGGCUCGAUAUGAGUGAAGAUCGACAUCGCGACAAUGCCACUUUCAACGCCAUCAAUUCUACCGUGGACGAAGCCAUCAAGAAUUCUCCCGCUUACAAGUGGUACACUGCCUUCCCUCAGAUUGUUUCUCGCAUCAGUGUUCAGAAUGACACCGCAUACAACGUGCUUGCAAAGCUGAUCACCAGAGUUCUACACGAGUAUCCUAGGCAAGCGUUCUGGCUUUUCACUGCAGUGGUUCAUAGUACGAGUCAGGCCGAUCCUAUGCGCAAGAAAAGGAGCAAAAUCAUUAUACAGGCUCUCCAAGCCAAUCGUCGCCGUCUGCCUACCGUGAUUCAAACUAUGACCCAUCUUGCGGAUGUCUUGAUCAGGCUUUGUCACCACAACGCUACAUCCAAGACGAUCUCCCUGAAAACCCACUUCGGAGAGCUGCGCGACAUUGCCAAGAAAGAAAACAUCUUGAUACCGUUGCAAGAGUCGUUGACCGCUAACCUUCCACCUUCCUCGGCGAUGGAAAGCACACACAAGCCGUUCUUGAUCGACCCCCCUCGCUUCCACAGCGUCUGCGACGAAAUUGCGGUUAUGAACUCAAUGGCCAAGCCAAAGAAGCUGGAGAUCAUCGGGAGCGACGGACGGACGUACACAUUCUUAGCCAAGAAAGACGACCUCCGGAAGGAUGGCAGGCUUAUGGAUUUCGACGCUAUCCUCAACAAGCUCCUCAAAGCCGAUUCUGAGGCACGACGAAGGCAGCUCAGGAUCCGGACCUACAGCGUAGUCUCACUUACGGAAGAAUGUGGUAUGAUUCAAUGGGUGCCCCACACCGUGCCUAUCAGGACAAUCCUCGAACGACUUUACGCGAACAGAGGUUGGGCGGAAUGGUGGAAGGACCCUACGUUCUGCACGUCGGCGGCGAAGCUUCGGGCUUCAGAAUCUGUGAACGAAAUCGGCAAGAUUUUUGUCGAAGAUAUCCUACCACGCUUCAAGCCCGUACUCCACGAGUGGUUCGUGGAGACAUUUUCCGAACCGACCCUGUGGUUGGCCAGCAGGAAAGCGUAUAGCCGAACAGCCGCGGUCAUGUCCAUGGUCGGCUACAUACUUGGCUUGGGCGAUAGGCAUUUGGAGAACAUCCUCUUGGACACCGUAUCAGGCGAGAUUGUCCAUGUUGACUUCGACUGUCUCUUCGAAAAGGGCCACUUCCUCGAAACUCCAGAGAUUGUCCCGUUCCGCCUGACACAGAACAUCGUCGACGGCUUCGGAGUGACUGGCGUAGAGGGCGUCUUCCGCAUCUCUUGCGAGGUCACGCUGCGUCUACUGCGCGACAACAAGGACUGUCUCCGCAACGUCCUGGACGCCUUCGUACAUGACCCGCUCCUGGAAUGGAUCGAGAAGCGACGAAGGGAGCGCCGUCACGGGCAGCAAGUCAACCCUGUGUCGAAUGUGGCCGAUAUGCGGGACCUAUCGAUGCAUGCUUUAGGACCCAUCGAAGAGAAGCUAGAAGGCAGGUUCAAGCCUUGCAGGUCCAAACACCCGUCCAGGCAUUUGUCGGUGAUCAACCAUGUCCAGGCUCUCAUCACCGAGGCAGCAGAUGUUUCGAAUCUAUCUCGCAUGUAUUUCGGUUGGGCACCGUUCCAGUGA